AUGUCAUCUGGAGCUGAUCAUCCUCCAACAUCAUGCGGACCAAAGUCAGUACGGCGGUCUCCUCGUCUCUCCCCUCAGGGAGGCGUGGGUCAAGGAGAGCAGCAGAGGAAAAAAGGUGGAGGUUUGCAGGAGGCAAAGAAGAAAGGGAAAAUGCUAAGGAACCGAGAGGAACAGAAUGAGGAGUUGCAUGUCCAACUCCAGCAGAUGGACCUGUCCAACAGUUCGCCUGUCACUGGUACAGGUUUGGUCUAUUCAGAGACUUUCACUCUUCAUCAGAACCUGUGGGAUUCCAAUCAUGCAGAAAGCCCAGACAGACUGAGGUUCAUCAUGGAGGAGCUAGAAAGACAAGAGCUUUUGUCUCGCUGCGUUCGAGUGCAGCCCAGAGCAGCCACUGAUGAAGAGCUGCUUUUUGUUCACACGAAGAACUACAUUGACCUGAUAAAGUCCACUCAGCAAAUGUCUGAAACAGAGCUGCAUCAACUUUCUGACAAAUAUGAUUCCAUAUUUAUCCAUCCAGAGACCUUCCAUGUGUCGAUACUAGCGGUGGGUUCAGUGCUACAGCUCGUUGACCAGGUUUUGACAUCUAAACUUAGGAACGGCUUUGCUGUUGUCAGGCCUCCUGGUCAUCAUGCUCAAUCAAACGAGGCCAACGGGUUUUGUAUUUUCAACAAUGUGGCCGUUGCAGCUCGUUAUGCUCAGAAAAAACACAGUGUUAAAAGAAUUUUGAUCGUGGAUUGGGAUGUUCAUCAUGGUCAAGGGAUCCAGUAUGUUUUCCAGGAAGAUCCCAGCGUGUUGUACAUGAGCGUACACAGGUUUGAGCAUGGUGCAUUCUGGCCUCACCUACCUGAGUCUCACAGUACUUUUGUCGGCUGCCCCCCUGCCGAAGGAAGGAACAUCAACCUGGCAUGGAGCACGGCAGGAAAAAGCGACGCAGACUACGUGUGUGCUUUCCAGCAAUUGCUACUUCCUGUUGCCUACGAGUUUCAGCCAGAGCUUGUACUGGUCUCAGCAGGUUUUGAUGCUGUAUUGGGGGAUCCCAAGGGCGAGAUGUGCGUGAGUCCUAAAUGUUUCCAGACACUCACGCACAUGCUGAUGUCUUUGGCAGAAGGUCGACUCAUUCUGGCACUCGAGGGCGGUUACAACCUACAGAAGACUGCAGAGGGUGCUGCUGCUUGUGUUCGAGCACUUCUGGAGGGAGCCUCUGCACCAAAGGGUCCAGCCACUGCACCUUCUGACUGUGCCCUGAAUUCCAUCUCUGAGACCAUCUCAGCUCUGUACCCAUACUGGACCUCACUACAAGUGUUGGAGGGUGAUAUAUUCGCCGAAGAAUGUGCUCUCAGAGACACACCGAAUAAGGAGUGCACACUGAGUCCCAGUGUCACGACAACUGGUCUGGUGUAUGAUGAGAGGAUGAUGGAGCAUCUGAACAUGUGGGAUAGGCAUCAUCCUGAACAGCCACAAAGAAUCUUCAAGAUCUUCUCCAGGCAUCAGCAGCUUGGACUGGUAGAGCGUUGCCGCCAAAUCCCUGCUCGCUAUGCCACGGAAGAGGAGCUCGCCAUGUGUCACACCAUGGAACAUAUCCAGCUGAUGAAGUCCACCGCUACGAUGAAGAGCAGAGAUCUGCACUUAUUGGGACAAGAGUUCAACUCCAUCUUCAUCAACUGUCAGAGUUAUCAGUGCGCCCUGCUGGCUGCUGGAUGCUGCUUCAAUGCUGUAGACCACAUCCUGAGUGGACAGGUGAGAAGCGGCGUAGCUAUCGUGCGGCCCCCAGGCCAUCAUGCCGAGAGAGACUCUGCUUGCGGUUUUUGUUUCUUUAACACUGCUGCGCUCGCAGCUCGCUAUGCUCAGAAAAACUCCCACGAUGCACCUGUACGAGUCUUAAUCCUGGACUGGGAUGUUCACCACGGCAAUGGCACACAGCACAUGUUUGAAGACGAUAAUAGCGUCCUUUACAUCUCUCUCCAUCGCUAUGACAACGGGACCUUCUUCCCGUCCUCGGAGGACGCCGCCCCGGACCGAGUGGGUGUGGGCCAGGGAGCGGGUUUUAAUGUCAACGUGGCCUGGAGCGGCGGGCGGAUGGGAGACGCCGAAUAUCUUGCCGCCUUCCACCACGUCGUCAUGCCCAUUGCCGCUGAGUUCAAUCCAAGUUUGGUGUUGGUGUCGGCGGGAUUUGACGCUGCACGGGGAGACCCUCUGGGAGGAUACCGCGUGACCCCUGAGGGCUAUGCCCACCUCACGCACAUGCUGAUGUCGUUGGCUUGUGGGCGGGUAUUAGUCAUACUGGAGGGUGGUUACAACUUGACGUCCAUCUCCGACUCCAUGGCCAUGUGCACAAGUGUGUUGCUUGGCGACCCUCCUCCUUUCUUGGUGAAGCCUCUCCCCCCACCUCACCACACUGCAGUAGCUGCCAUCAACGAGGUCAUCCGACACCACGCCACAUACUGGAAGUCAUUGAGGAUAAGAAUCCCAGAGUCCGUACGAACAGCCAUACCUUCCCCAAGUGUUCAUCGGAGACGUAGUGGUAAAGGGAAAGGCAGGAGGUCAAGACAGAGUGGACCAGACAAACCACCAUCACCACCCACAAUGGGAUUGAAGGACACCACAGCAGAUGCCGGUUUGGACAAGCUCACACAAGGAUUGGCCGGCUUGAAUAUCAGUAAGAGCAUGCACACGCCUGAAGCAGAUGAAACUCAGGCCAAAAUGCACUGCGAGGGAAACGAUAGGGUGGAGUCGGAAGAAAUGACAUCUGAGCAGAGCCAAUUGAGGGCGGAGAGAAGUGAAGUGACACCUAAGCAGAGCCAAUUAGCAGAGAGCUUGCUGCCGGAGGUCGAUGUCGCCGCACCAGCAAACAUUGACCCCGGAAAUAAGCCAGAGCCAGAGGGAGCGUGUGGUUGGUCGAAGCCUGAGGGAACUUUGGAACUGACAUGUGGACUUCAGAUGGCCGGAAUGUUUGUGGUGGACCCUCUGUCCUGGUGUCCUCACCUUGACACCGUCAAGCCCCUGCCCACGUCCGGUAUUGAUGUCUUCAUGCCUUGUCAAGACUGUGGCUCGGAGGCGGAGAACUGGAUCUGCCUUAGCUGCUACAAGGUGGCAUGCGGCCGCUACAUCAGUGAGCACAUGUUGAUGCACGGCAUGAUGGCCGAUCAUCCUGUGGUGCUGAGCUUCUGUGACCUCUCUGUUUGGUGCUACGCAUGCGAAGCCUAUGUGCACAACCAGGUCUUGUUUGAAGCAAAGAACGCCGCCCACAGUGCCAAGUUCGGAGAGGAGAUUCCACCCUGGAGUUAG